AUGGUCACGAAAACAGUGGCAGCUCUCGCGGCAUGCGGGGCUUUACUGAUUUAUUUGUCAUGGUUAUGUUACGUGCGAAGUUGCUUGCCUCCUGUGAUACUCAUCCCUGGUGAUGGUGGAAACCAAAUCGAAGGGAAGUUGGAUAAGUCGCGCGUUGUCCACUUCUUUUGUCUGAAGCAGACAACUGGCUACGUCAACUUGUGGUUCAAUUUAAACUUGCUUCUACCGUUCGUCAUUGACUGUUGGGUGGACAACAUGCGCUUAAUCUAUGAUAACGUGACACGUACGACGAGCGACUCGCCCGGCGUUACCACCCGGGUCCCGGGCUUCGGAAGUACUGCUGGAAUGGAGUUCUUGGACCCUCUUCAUACAUUUCCGAGCCGAUAUUUCGUGAAUAUUGCAGAGAAACUUACAGAAUCUGGUUAUGAGCGUGGUUCGAAUCUUCUUGGUGCUCCGUACGAUUUUAGGAAAGCGCCGAAUGAACUCGAGGAGUUCUUCCAGAAAUUUCGACAGUUGGUGGAGGAUGCAUUUCAAGCGAGUAACGGAUGCAAAGUUGUUCUGGUUGCUCACAGCUAUGGGGGCCCACUUAUGUUGUAUUUUUUUUCGACGGUCAGUCAAGAAUGGAAGAACACAUAUGUUGGCGCGUUGAUUUCGCUUUCGGCUGCCUGGGCAGGAUGCGUGAAGCCAAUCAAAGCAGUUGCGGCUGGUGAUAAUCUCAACAUUUUUUUCCUCGACGAAUUUUCGAUCCGGAAGGAGCAACGUAGCUCACCGAGCAUUCAUUUUCUGUUUCCUUCGCCUCAUUUUUGGGGCAAAAAUGAAAUUUUGGUUUCUCGGCCUUCGAAAAAUUAUUCCUCUGCAGAUUACGCAGCUUUUUAUGCUGAUAUAGGUGACCUCGAUGGAUACGAGAUGUAUAAAGAUGUUAAGGAUUUGAUUGAUCCUAGGAUACCUCCGGGAGUUGAGGUUCAUUGUCUGUAUGGUGUAGGUGUGGAUACUUGGGAAAGGAUUUUUUACGACGAUGAUGCGAGUUUCCCAGAUGAGCCUUCUGCUCUUGUCAAUGGAGAUGGUGACGGCACUGUGAAUCUCCGCAGUUUGCAAGCCUGCAAAUUCUGGGAAGGAAAGCAGAAGCAUUCAAUAUACGCUCUUCCCUUGCGCGGAAUAGAUCAUCUGGAAAUACUCAGGAAUGAAUUCGUUCUCUCUUACGUGGCCAAAGUUGCGAAGCGGUUUCGUUCAAACCUUCUGAGAUUUUAG